GGUAAACAGAGCAGAUCACAGUAACCUCUCAUUUAGUCAUAUGUCACCAAGUAACAAUUCAUUAUUGUUUGGAAAAAGAUUUGCAGUAUCACCCUCUAUCCUGUGUGCAAAUGAAUCUUCUUUAAAGACAUGAUUUUUUUCUAUUGAGUAGGUCUACAUACUUGUUCUCAUCAUUGCACAGGCAUUAAUUACCUGCACAAAACUGCAGCUUUGUAUUAAUUAACUACUGCCACAAACUUCAACAAUAUGCUACUAUUUGUCUGUUGCAUGCAGUUGUACAUGAGGAAAAAAAAAGAAUAUGUCCGUGUGUUUUUUCUUUUCUUUUUUUCGUAUUUUUUUUUUCUCAUAUUCGAACAUUUUGGUUGAAUAGAUGUUCUUUUAUGUAGGCCCACGUACACUGUUAUGUCACCAGUCUGUCGGUCUUUGGCUUUUGUCAUUCUAAUUUGCUGCAUUGUUGCAGUGGAUUGUCUCGCCUCCUCGUAAAUUAACAAAAGCUUUGAGAGGGUAUACCCAGCAUCGCCCGACUGUCUCCUUGGGAAACGUCCCGUGUAAACAAGAGCCAAUCUCUGCGCAAGCGGGCGGCAGCGGAACCAGCAGCAGCUCUCGGAUUGUGAACUGGCGCACCACAAUUCCCUCCACCUCAAAGCAAGACAGGGAUGUCUGCUAAAAAGAAAAUAUUUUACAUUAAGACAAAAGUUUAAGUCAAAUGGCUAAAUAGGUCAAAUAGACUUUACAGUGGCGUAAAUAUAUAUUUGUGUUUGACUGACGAGCUCAAGGACCGGAUAGGAAAGGAAACAUGCGGCGCGCCACUUCAGCUGGGUACCGUUUACCGGACCGACCCAAAGGUCCUCUCGCCUCUCAGUCCUCAGUCUCAGUGUUCAGGCAUUUAGCGGGCAGGACACGAAACUCCGGUCAGAUACCAGCGCAAGACGAUGAUACCCGAGAUCCGGUAAAGCAGGACCAAGUUUGGAGAGAGUUUGUGCGCACGGAGCGAAUCGGUGUGAAAGAAUGGGAGAAGAACUGGAGUUUCCUGAUUAACUUUUACCAGCUGGGUCAUCUGUGUACAGAAACUCCUCUCUCCAGCUCGGUGUCUUUAUACUCAGACAGAGUCCCAAACACCAGAAACCAAAUGUUCGGCAGCAGCCUGUACACUGAGCUGGGCAAAGAACUGAUUUACCUGGACAAUCUGCUAAUCCUGACAGAAAACCACCGCAAGACCAAAAGGAAUCCAGAGAUGCUACCCUGCUGAGGUUUACCAGGCAAAGCAAAACACUCUAGCAGAGAUUUGUUGUUUUCUCUUGCCUUCCCUUGGGUCGUUCUGUUUGUCUUGCCUUUACCUGUAUAACUAGACAAACUCAAGGUUGUUCAGUGGUUGACCGUUUGUUUUGUAAAUGAUUUUUUUUCUCUGGACAGCCUAAAUACCAGCUGCCAACCUGUGUAUGUAUGUUUGUUUGUGUGUGUGUUGAGAGCUUCUGUUUUUAUAGAUUUUCUGUUGACAUUAAUAUGCAUCCCUCAGAGUACUAUAAUAUGUUGAUAAAGGCAUUAAAAAGAUGAUCCUGAUUUUUGAAUAUACUAUUUGCAUAUUAAUUUUUUAGAUAAACACUGUUACUCCUCAGUGUAUAAAUGCUAAUUAGUUACAGAACUGGAUUAAAACUAGAUCAGAGAGAUUUCUUUUUCUGUACUUGAAAGGGUAAGAUUGGUUUGCAUCUGAAGAGAAAAGAGGAAUUAGAUGUGUCGGGUAAUUCUUCACAGUUCAGUUUACAAACAGUCCUAGCCAAUUUAGACAUUUUAUCCAUGGAACAUUAGAGGAUUA